AUGAGGACAGAUACUCUGCAUUCUUCUGGAAAAGCUCUUCCUCCAAUUGUAUCUGCUAUUGUAUUUGUUUUUAUUUUUAAAGUCCCAUACUGUAGCACACCAAACUCAGUCAGAGUCAAAAUUUCUUGUCAAAGGAUGAAGAAAUUGGAUGUUGUGAAUUUGAAUGAAUUUGGAAUCCUUCAAGAAGCCCAAGCCCAAGAACAUAACCAACUUUGGGCUAUCACGCAAAAAGAAUCUUGGAACGCCCAAAUGGUGUCCAAAUUAUUAGGAAAAUUACUCAUCAACUACAAAUUAGAAGACUUAGAAAUGAAUAUUUAUUUUAAUAACAUCUAUAAGGUCUUCUUUUUCAACAUCUGCUGA